AUGACCAAUUCGAAGGAUGUGCCCUUGGAGGCGCCGACGCUGCUCAACGUGGCCGCCCGCGCCGUCGACACCAAAAUGUUGCUCCAUGUCCGUGAUUUUAAUUUUUUUUGAUGACUGUGAAUGUUGUAAUACACUCGCUCAGGUGUGGUCCAAAUCAAGAGAGUUCCAAAGACAGUGAAGUGUGAUUAAAAAAAAAGAAUGUAGGCAAGAAAGUCCAUUUCCUACUCGGGCAAAGUCUGAAUGGUGGAUUAUGGCCGCUAAAAGGGUGAGGCUCAAAAAAGUCCGCAGAAAGGCAGUAAAAAGAGUUCCGUUAUCCAACCUUUCAUUUUUUUUUUUCUUGGUUUUUAAAGGCUCAAAAAAUGGUGGGAAACGGAGAGGCAGCAAAAAUGGUGCAUAUGAGCCGAUGAAAUGGCGCAAAAAGGCAGCAAAAAAAGGAGAAUUUUUCACUUAAAAGGAAAAUUUCCAUGGAGCCUCUUUCCAACCUUUCCGACUUUGCUCAUGGAGCCGUAAAAAAUCGGAUGAACAAUUCAGAAAACUUAGAUGUCAAUAAAGAUGAUAAUUAAGAACGGAACUGUUGAAAAAAAUAAUCCAAUAUUAUUUAUACGUCGAAUCUUUCGUUUUUUUUUUUUGAUUUUCUUUGUGGACAUUAAAAUUUAGAGAAGUUUCAGUUAUCUAUAUUUUUUAAGUAAAAAAAAAAUGAGUUUGGAGAAAAUAAUAGUCAAGAGGCUCUUCUCAUAUGUAUUUUCUUUCCAGGACACACUGCAGCAGUUUCACCUUCCCAUUCCUGUGAGCCACGCCUUGUUUGCUCGACACCGUGCCGAAUGGAACACUUAUGUGAGAUUAUCAUCUAUUUUCAAGAAAGAAAAAAAUAAAAUUUAUUUUUUGAUGCAAGUUUGACAAUGUUUCUCGCGCAUUUUCCAUCGUUAAAACUUUCUGUUCAAACUUUGACAAAUGCUAACAAGGAAUAAGAGAAACACAUGUUUUAAAAUGUUUACUUCAGAAAAAAGAAGAUCAUGACGUUAAAGAGACCCGGAAAGUCCUACGAGCUUGGUGCGACUCGGAGCGACUUCCCCUCACCAAUAUCGAUCUGUCUGGAGCUGUUGUAUGUUUCUUUUUUUAAAUUUAAUUUUAUAAAUACUUUUACUCUCAGCUCGACGACCGGAUUUUGGUUGAUUUGUUCACGGCUCAUCAGUCGACUGUCGAUUCUAUCGACUUGACCAAUGUCAAGGUUUUGACUAAAAUUUACGGAUUUUAUUGAAAACUUUAACUUUAGGGCGCUACCGACGAGGCGAAUACAUUGUUGGAUCUUCGGAAUGUUCAAUUUCCUCGUCUGAAAUCGCUCAAAAUGACGUCGAUGGAACUUCUGAGCCGACCACAACCGAGGAGGUGUCUAAUAGAAAAAAUAUAUCAAAAAUGAAUAGGAGAAAAAAAAAUGCUCCAGAAAAAUCUGUACCUGAUAGCAAAAUCGAUACAUCCUUCUCAAGGAAACUUAGGAAAAAAAAAAAGAAAAAAGAUAGUUUUUUGAGAAUAUACCUAAUUUGACAAAAGUUUACUUCAAGGUCCUUGUUUUUUUGCUACAUAUUCUGCAAUUCUCACAGCAAAACUGGAAAAACGAUAGAUUGUUCUUGUGCUUUUAAAAUCUUGCGCGGAACACACGAUGUGACUUGUGUGAUUUAAAAAAUUAGAAUCAACUUUUUUUUUUUCCAGGAAGCACGGGAUGGCUGCUGUGGACGUGAGGGACGUGUUGAUGUUGGGCGAGAAGGAUUUGGAGGGCGCCCAGGGCCUCGACAAUAUGCGGGAAAGCCGCGGUGGCCCCAGCCGCGACUCUUUGCAGAUCAGCAGCGAGGACACUGCUCAGGAAUGUCUUCAGAGGUUGAAAAAAUAUAUUCUUGCGUCAAAAAACUGUUCGCUUGCAGCUGUUCGACGUCGAGCAAAGAUUGGCACCUUGAAGAAGAGGACGAAGAAAGGGAGACUCCGGUCUUCACCUCCAGAUGUCCCAAUGUCACUAGCCUCUGCCUGCCACGAGUAAGUAUUCGAAAAAAAUAACGGCGUUCUUUUGAAAAAAAAAAAAAGCUACUAAAUGAGCUGGAAAUGUUUUUUUGAUAAUAAAUGAGAAAUUUUUUUACUUCUCAAGACGUGAUUGCUGUGGUUACCUUCUAUACAAAUUUGAAAUAUAGAAAAAAAUUUCCUGGCUCCGAAACAGACGAUAUUGACCGGCCGUCUUAUAGCCCAUCCCGCGCCAGCUUGUCACGUUUUUCUUUCCUCUAAAAACACCGUAUAUCAAAUUAGAUCAAAAUUGAAAUUCUUUGCUUCCAAACCUUUGUUUUGGCUGUCUUUUUUUUUUAGCAAUUUUGUAGAGCAAAAGUUUUUAAUUACGAUAGAUCAUUUCUGUUCUUUCAAAACGUGACCGUCUCGUGCGGAACGCACUGUAGCACUGUUUUAAACAUGUGUGUUAGAUAGCGUUCUUUUAUUUUGUAUUCUCGAGUUUAACAACGAUUUUCAGUUCAAAAAGUUCCCGGAAGAAGAGGAAUCGUCGGUGAAUGCGUUGCUUUCACGCGUUUUCGAUCCAUUGAAGCGCCUGGAACAUUUGGAUUUGUCUCUUUGGACCAGGGUAUAUUUUUUGUAGCUGAUUGUACUCGAUUAACUGCUGGUUGGGGCGUUCUGAGCGUACGAAUAGUAAUAAAAAUAGCAUUCAUCUUAAAGCUGUCGUGGUUAACUUUUUUCUGUCAUAUAUUUUAUUGAUUCAAUUGCUCAGAAAUGAAAUUUAAGGUAUUUCAAGUAUGAUAAAAUCCAGAAUUUUUGAGAAAGUAAAAUAAUAAAAGCAGCCUAUUUUUGUUACAGAUUCUCAUUCGAGCUUAGUCUGCUAGUUUUUGAAUAUUUAUUGUUUUCUCAAUUCUUCCGUGUAUAAAAUAAUUUUAGAACAUUGGUAUAUGCUGCUGGAGGAUUGAGUAAACAAAAAAAUGCUCCUAAUCAGCAGUUUUGAUAUUUAUGCUAAUGAUUAUCUUUGUUCUUAUAUUUGUUUCGAUUUGACUGCUCAAAAAUGAAAUCAAUGCUGUGUUUAAAGUAAGUAUACUUUUCUCAAUUUUUCUCAAAGUAUGGUGAUGGAGAAUUGAUUAGACAACAAAAAAGUUCUAUUCUUUCAAACCAGCAGGGAAUCCACUAUCAUCUGUCUUUUUUCUUUUUAAUUGAAAAGUUCAGCUUGAUGAUUUGCGUUGCAUCCAUCCGUUGCAUGAAACUCUGACUUCGCUGAUUUUGUACGACGUUCCUGAUCUCUACCACGCCAUCAAUACAAUCACUCAGAUGACCGAGCUGAGGUGCUGAGAAAAAAAGAAAAAUUAAAUCUAUGACUUCAUUAUUAUUUAGAAUUUUUUUAUUCUUUUUUUCGAGUUUUUUUGAUUUCAAUUUGGUGAAAUUCAUUAAUUUGAAAUACGAAAACAACGAAAAAAAUAUUGAUCGGAGUAACUUUUUGGAGAAACAUUCGAAAAAAAUUGAAGCUGAAAUCUUCUAAAAAAAUUGUCAGAUCUCAAAUUUUUCAAAAUGCUAUUUUUUUGCCUUUUUAGAUUUUGAAAUUUAAUAGAGGAAUCACUUUAAGUUCAUCACAGAAAUUUCCGUCCUGCUCGAAAUACAAAAAAACCCGCAUCAAAAAAACGAUUUGAAGUGAUUUAUAUUUAUAAAGCGUUAAGAUUCACAAUUUUUUUCGAAUCAAAUCUUCUAUUUCAGGGUGCUGGAUUUGUCUCAGGCUACCCGCGAAACGGGAAUCUAUCCGCGGCCUGUCUCGACUUUGCACCAAAUCGUCACCAGCCUCAAGCAAUUGACGCAUUUGGACAUUUCCUCGACAAAUUUGCCCUCUCAACCAACGGCCAAUGAUUUUCCCUUCAAGUUGGAUAAUAAGUAUGAAUUUUUCGGUUUCGUUGUUUCAUCUAAUAAUUUUGUUUUGUAAAUUAAAUGUGUUCUCAGGAAUGGAGGCGUUCGAUCGGACAUCGCUGGUCUGCAGGCCUUGGAUCAGCCUCUAGUCUUCCUAGGACUUUUUAACUGUGAAAAUGGGCCUCAUGUUUUGGAAAUUCCAGCCAAAUAUGUUUCUGGCGAUGCAAAUGAAGAUCAGGUGGGGGGAAAACUUACAAAAUGAUUUUUCGGUAAUAUUAAAUGGUUUUUGAUCAAGUUUCUAAGAAUUUCAUGAAAUACUGACCAAAUUUGUAGAGUUUUAUCAACUUUCUGGACUUUUAGUCAUGAUAACUUGAGUCUUCUACCCUCUUUUUUGAGGUUAUACAUUUUUGAAGAUAACUUGACUUUAUAUGUGAGAAUUUCUCUUUGAAACGAAUAUUUUCAGGUGAUCACCGCCCUGCAAAUGUACAAAGACCGCGCUGGUCUCCUGCAGUCUGUUCUGAACGAAAGUUAUCAACUUUACCGUUUCGGCAACAACAAGCCACUGGUACUAGGAGAAAUCUCGUCGAUUUCUAUGGAAAUACCGAGAAUAUUAGCAGGUUCGACACACGGAAGCACUGCACCUCGUCCUCGACGCCAUGCAGCGACAUUUGCACGACGGGACUCUCCAGAUAGCUGGCUCUGCUAGCCUUUUUUACAUCAUCCGCAAGGUUGCCCCAAGAAAUGAAUGAAGAAAACAUUCUUAUAGUUUUUUUUUCAGGUUGAUAUGAACCGAGACACGAAGAAGCAGGUCGUCAGCGCUUUAUUGAGCGGUGGGUUUUGUAGAGAGCUUUUUUUUUCACUUUGCGAGCAUUUCCAGGAAUGGAAGUCCACAUGGAGGAGCAGGUGAUGGUUCGGAACUGUUGCCUGUCGCUGUGCCAGUUCGAAAUCCCACAAGACAUUCUCUUCGAUUACAGGUUCUUGAUUUCUUUCUCAAUUUCCCUUUUUUUUUCAUAAAAAAGGCAUGUCAUAAAGUGCGAGCGUUGGAGAAAUGCGACCGCUUUUUUGUGCUUCUUUGCAAAUUAAUAAAAUACGGGGGUUUCCUAAUCUUAUCUCUUUCACUCUUUUUGGCACCUUUUUUUUCAAAUUUUUUUUUCCUAACUUUGCUCUUGAGAAAAACGAUACAAAAAAAGUACUACGACGAAAUCAAUGAAUUUAUUACGAUGAAAUUUUUUUAUUGCUUGAAAAAAACUUGUUUUUUUAAAAAAACUUCUAAUGAGAAGACUAUUUCUUGAAAAAAAAUUGAAUUUCGAACAAAAAUAAAUCUUGAAAAAAAUGGUUUGAAUAACGACACUAUCGAAAGUACAAAAGAGGCAUUACUUCAUUGAUCAGAAAGUAAUCGAAAAAAAUCAAAUUUUCGUUGAAUUUUUUUAAAGAAUAAGGACCCGUACUUUAUUAAUUUGAAAUGAAGCACAAAAAAGGGCUUUUUUGUAAACGCCCGCCCUUUAUAGCAUGCCGGAAAAAAAAAACUCAAUUUUUGCUUCUUUUUUUCGUGUGUGUGUUUUGUUAACCGGCGCCAUUUUUCAUUGGGCACUUCAGUCGACUGGCCGUUCUUCUCGUCACUGUUCUACAGCACCACAACGCCGACAAUUUGACCCAGCGGAUCGUCGUCUUUUUGCUCAACUCGAUGGCUUGUCACGUGGAGGGAGACCAGAAGAUCGAAGUCGGCAGCUACGGAGCGAUUGAAGUAAGAAAUCAGGAUGGAAAUUGAAGAAAAGCACAGAAUAUUUAAAAUACUACAAAAUUACUUUUUUUUUUUUAGAAUUUAUUUAGUUCUAGUCAUCGUAAUUUCAGAAUAGGGUGUAGUGAAUUUUUUUUUACCGCUCUCAGAGGGUCUUACUCCAUAUAGGACGGUAUGGUAACCUCAUCAACCCAUCUCGAAAUAUCGAUUUUUCCGCUUUUUUGGUGAAUUUAGUCAUUUUAAACUUCAAAAAUUCAUACCUCGGCUCAAAAUAGUCAGAAUCGGGUAAAGUUAAGUUUUUAACGCUAAUAGUCGGAUUAUCUAAUUUUAUUUUUUGCGAAGAAUCAAAAACCUAGUAACAUCAAAAAGCUGGUUAUUUUUAAAAGGGGGAUUUUUCUUUUUUCGAUAACAGAAACGGCUGAAUGUACGGCAAUUAAAUUUGUAUUUUCAGAUGAUCAUUGAGCAGAUCAGAAGAAAACAUACGCAAAACGUGUGCGAUGACGUCAUGGAAGUUGGCUGGAGCUUCCUUUGGAAUAUCACUGGUGAUUUUCGAAAAAAAAAGCUGUUUCGUAUACAAGAUUUUUCAGAUGAAACCCCAGUGAAUUGCGAGAAAUUCCUCGCCGCCAACGGCCUGACUUUGUUCAGAGAGUGUUUUUCUGCGUUCCGACAGGAAAGGUACGAUUUUGAAGGCGUUCUAUCGAUGAAAGGAUUUUUUCCAGAGAACUUGUCAGAAAUAUGAUGGGUUUGAUAGGAAACAUUGCCGAAGUCGAUGAGCUGCGAUCCCAGCUGAUGAACGCCCAAUGCGUUGAGAUAUUCUGGUUAGUUCGAGGCUUGCACGGUGUCGGGAGGGUAAAAGUCUGGGAACGGGCCCAAAUUGAAAACGAAUUUCUGCGCGCAAAUACUCUGAAAUGGAGCGUCAGAACGGCGCCACAUCUCUUUUUUUGACAUACAUUAUUUUUUCGUUUUGUUGCAGCUAGAUAACGACAAAAUAGUAUGCGUCAGAGAAAGAGUUAUGGCGGCCUUUUGGCGCUCCAGACAGUAUGCUCAAAAGAAUAACUGUGCAUCGCCUUUUAACCGCUUCAGAUACGGAGCUGAUUUCUUCCUUGACGAACAUUUCAUUUUGUUGCAUCUUUUCUCAAUAUUUUUAUAUUUCAAUAGACAGCUGCUGUUCUUGUGCUCAGAAUGUUGGUAUUUUACUCAAGUUCAGUCUUUUUAUGAUGAGUGAAAAAAAAAAUCUUCUACUUAACAACCAAUUGUUUCCGGCUGUUUUCAAACUUCAAAACGCCAACGUAAUGUUAAGCAUGAUAUUGUACAUUAGAUGAGGAUCAUUUUCGUAAGAGCGUCUAAUUUUUAGUUGAACGCUUUUCGUAAAAACUAUUACUACCGAAACUUGAAAAAAAAUGUUUUUAAUGGUUGAAUCAGUUUUAAUUGAUAAGAAAAACAUAUUUUUGCUAUUUAAAAAUGGUAAAAUUCUCGCAUUUUCUCAAUGUCGCAAAAAAAUGAAACAAAGACUUUCUUUUAAUAUGCAAGCGUAUUAAUGGACUAUUAUUUUGCUGAAUUUAUCAUAUAAAAAAGGUUCUAGAUAUGGAAAACCUAAAAAAAACUUUUAUUUAUCAAAUUCACAAUGUAAAUCCACAGUCGGAACCGCGAUACUCGCGUAGAUUUACGCGAUACAGGCCGCGUCCCUUCCUGGCGCCUCACCCAUUUUGAAACGCCGUGGCUUGGAUAAAUUUUGGUAUAUUUUCAGCACGUUGUUGGACCAAGUUGAAGACUCUAUCGAGAUCAGCUACAACUCGGCCGGCGUCUUGGCCCACAUGGUCAGCGAUGGUCCCGAAGCCUGGAACCUCGUCAAAAUCGACCGAGAAGAGGUCAUGAAAAAGAUUGUCAAGGUGAAAACAAAAUGGGAAAAAUUCGUACAAUUCCAUAACUUUUUCAGGCGACUGACGAGUGGAAGCUCCAAACACGCCGAUUUAUAAACUAUCGAUCGUUCAGGCCUAUAUUGCGUCUUUUGCCGCUCUACAACGCCUACGCAAGCCAACAUUGGGCUGUUUGGGCCUUGGCCAAUCUGACGACCACUGAUGGAUCCAAGUGAGUAUCAUUUUGUUAAAAAAGUAACUUUUGUAGAGCUCUUUCUGGGAUUAGUCUGGGUUCAUUUUUCUUUUUUGUUUCUUUUCAACCGAUUUUGUUUUCAAAUCUUCUCAUAAGGCUACCACAUCAUUUUCUUUUUUUUUCGGGAAAAUGUGAAGUUAUUUAAAGAAAAGCAGAAAAAAGUAUAUUUUUGGUGCUAUGUCGCUCUAUUUGACGAGUGUGCGCAAGCUUUUUCUAAAAGAUGAGGGCCAUGAGCCCGGGCCAGGCCAGCUUGGACCGGCCCGUCCAGACUGACGCAACUUGCCUGGUCUCCGGCUACGGCUAUGCAUAAAAAAAUAUUUCUUUAAUAAACUUUUUUUCCCAGUUUUUAAAAUUAAACAUCUAAAAAAAUUUACUAACUUUUUUUCCUUACAUUUGAAUUGUUUAGAUACUGCGCAUAUGUGAUCGACGAAGGCGGCAUGCCGUUGCUCGAAGAGUUGGUGUUGAACGAGCAAACGACUGACCCGAUCCGGGAACUCGCCUCGGCAGUUCUUGAGAAUAUUCGCUUAUGGCGAGAUAAAAAGUUGUCAAUCCUCCUUCGUGCAAACUUUGAAGUUCAGUUUUGUAGGCAAACAAGGGAAAGCGAAGCGGCGGAAGAGGACGUGGAAAUGGCGGAAAUUUAA